CCCUGAGGUUGAAUGUAUGAAAGCCAACACAAAUGAGGUUCUGUGGGCUGUUGUAGCAGCUUUCACAAAGUAACUGCAACCAGACAGCCUUAAGCCCGUCUGUCCCAGGCAUCUUGAGCUGGUCUCCGUUAUUUGGUGCCGAAACCCGGGAAUCUCGGACUCCAAAUGACAAAGGCGUUGCUUCCUCCCAUGAGCCUCGGUUGGUAAGUUGAAAUAGGGAGGUAAGGACUAGGGAAUCGGACAGAUUGUUAAAUAAAAUGGGACAAGCUGCAAGUACUGAACGAGGCAUUUUUUCUGCAAUGCUGAAAUCAUUAUUAGAUGCCCGAGGAAUAAAAGUGACUGGGGUCAGAUUAGUCGUUUUUUAGAUUUUAUAGAGGAAGUAUGCCCCUGGUUUCCCAGGGAUGGAACUAUUAAUAUUGAAACUUGGAACAAAGUAGGUGAAAGACUCCAGGGCUAUUAUGCUGUGCAUGGUCCUGAGAAGGUACCUAUUGAUACCUUUACACUUUGGACUCUAAUAAAAGAAUGUCUCAGAGGAGACACAGGAGAUGAGAAGUGGCAGCGGACCACUCGCUCAACCGAAAAGUUCUAUCCUGCCUUGUCGCGAUCAAAAUCUCUUGAUCAUAUCCCUUCGUCUAUGACAUCGGCACCCCCACCCUCCCCUCCCCAAUAUGAGCAACCUUUGAUUUGUAAAUUAGCAAACGACUUGCCGCCUUGUAAACCUCCUGGCACUAACAUAACAAAGGAUAUUUUACCCCCUGAUGAUUGGGGAGAGUUAGAAAAAGAGGCUGCUGAAUAUCACCAUAAGGACUUAGCAGCUGUAUUCCCAGCGUUACAGGUUGCUAAUGCCGCUGUGCAGACAAAACAGAUAGUCGAUCAGGCUCGAUCACAUCCCCUUGCUGUGCCUGCCUUUCGGGCAGGGCGAAUGCCUCCACCACGGGGUGUGGACGCUCUGCUUAUGCAACAAUCCCCUAUGCAAUUAGCAUUAAAAGAAGCUAGGAAAGCUGGGGAGACAAUUUAUGAUUUUUCUGGGCACGUUUUUCCCGUGAUACAGAGCCAACAAGCAAAUGGAAACAUAGUAAAUGAUUAUGAGCCUAUUCCUUUUGAACAACUGAAAGAGCUUAAAGCUGCUAAUAUUCUUCCCCCUUCUGACUGGAAAAGCUUGGCAAAGGCUGUGUUAAGUGGAGGUGAAUAUUUGCUUUGGACUUCCAAAUAUGCAGAACGGUUCUUCUUGUGCCCCUUGAUUACCAGUUCCUCAUUUUGGAGUGAACCCCAGAGGAUUAAUGCCUAAUGAUUUAUGGCAGAUGGAUAUCACUCAAUUACCUUCUUUUGGAAAAUCUUCUUAUGUCCAUGUAACAAUUGACACUUUCUCUCACUUUGCAGUAGCCCUCAGCCUUGUCUGGUGAAAAACUCUCUCAUGUAUGCAACCAUCUUUUGCAUUGUUUUAGCACUAUGGGAACACCAAAAUCAUUAAAAACCGAUAACGGGCCAGCUUAUGUAAGUAGCGGUUUUGCAACCUUUUGUCGACAUUUUAAAAUUCACCAUAAAACUGGAAUUCCAUAUAAUCCAGAAGGCCAAGGCAUAGUAGAAAAAUUUAAUCAUUUAUUGAAAACUCAACUAAAGAAAAUAAAAAGGGGGACAUGAGGAAUUAAAGAUACUCCGUCCUCUAUGUUAUCACAUGCAUUAUUUGUUUUAAAUUUUUUGACACUGGAUGAUGAUGGAAAAUUGGCUGCGAAUAGAUAUUGGAGUAAUAAAACAAGAGAUAAACCAAUAGCAUAUUGGAGAAAUCCAAUGGACAGUAAAAUUUAUGGUACUGAUCCUGUACUAAUUUGGGGCAGAGGAUAUGCUUGUAUCUUCCCUGCAGAUGAGCUGUCGCCACGGUGGAUGCCGGAGAGAUACGUCCGUCAUGCCGAAAACAAAGAUGGGAAAACUGCAAAGGAAGAUGCAGAGACUGACUCUAACCCAGACAUGGGAAAGAAAGAUGCAAGAGCGAAUACGAGUCGUGGCCUUAAUCCUUAGUACCUUGAGGAUCCUAUAUCAUGGCUGUAAAGCAGAAACAUAUUGGGCAUUUGUACCCAAUCCUCCUAUCAUUCAUCCAGUAACAUGGGAUGAACCCGUGGACAUUCCGGUUAACAACAAUCAAACAAUGUUUAUGGGGCAAUAUUCAGAUGGACACAUAAUUAAAACGUGCAGAGAACUCUAUUAUUCUGGAAAGGUUGAUGGUAUGCCUAUAUGUUUUCAGAUGAAUCAAACACAAUCCCUGUGUGAGAAAGUGGUAGUGCAGCAAGACUGGGAUACCAAUGUUUCAACAGUAAUUCAUUGGGCUCUGAAUUUUCUCUAUAUAGAUUUAGCUAAUGGGACAAGAGGUUCUGGAACACCUCCCUUAAAUUUUCCUUUAUGUCAAAGCACAAUCACCCCAAAAACAGAAUUUGCACCUUUAUGGAGAGCAUGUCAAGCUAACAAAACGGUGUGCAUUAAUUCCACUAUGUGUGAUUGGAAUAUGAUAGGAAAUCAAGGGCGACCAAUUAAUUUGGUCUCAGGAAUUUGGACAAAAAAUAAUCAUACGUUCUAUUCUAAUUUAUGGAAAGCAGUCGCAGCUAUGGAAAAAAUCAAAGCAAAACGAUUAAACUUGACUUGGAUUCAAAUAAAUAAUAAAUGGGCAAUGACUGCAGAGAGUUAUACAACUGAGUUUUAUAUGCGAGCUUGUGUUCCAGAACCUUAUGCCUUUUUAAGCAGGCCACUAAAUAUUGUGAAUAACAUAGUAAACUGUACUGAUUGUAUAAUCUCUAAUUGUCUUAAUAGUAGCAGUAGUUCCUUCUUGUUAGUGAAGCAACCCGAUUACGUCUAUCUUCCUGUAAAUUUGACACAUUAUUGGUAUGCUGAUAAGGGAAUGGAAAUUCUCCAAGAAGCUUCUUUGAAAUUAAUAGAGAGAUCUAAGCGAAUGGUCGGACUAAUAAUAGCCGGAAUAGCUGCGCUCAUUGCUGCCAUAGCAGUAACUACAGUAGCUUCUAUUUCUUUAACAACUAGUAUUCAGACAGCAGCAUAUGUUAAUGAAUUAUCAAUUAAUGUAUCUAAAGCGUUACAAAAUCAAGCUACUUGGGAUGAAAAGAUUGAACUGCGUCUCAAUUCCUUAAAAGAUACAGUAGACAUCCUGGGAAGACAGUUACAAAUUGUAGCCACUCGUGAAUCUCUCUUGUGUCAUGCAGAAUACCGAGCUAUCUGUGUGACUCCUGUUGAAUACAACAAUACCAAACUCUCUUGGAACAAAAUACAAGAUCAUCUUCAAGGCAUAUGGAAUAAUGCGAACACGUCAUUAGAUCUUAGGGAAUUGAGACAGCACAUUCACGAUAUGAUACAGUCGCACCAUAUAGAUCUUUCAGUAGCAACUCAAACUACUACAUUUAUAAGCGCUCUAAAAUCUGCAUUUCCGUCCUUCAAAUCAUUUAGAAAUGGAAUUUAUGGGCUGAUAGUCAUUGCCAUAAUGAUAAUCAUAAGAAUUCUUGCUUGUCCAUGCUUGAUGAAAAUAAUAACAAAUAAAUUCCAAAAUUUGCGUAUAAAUCUUAAAAAAUUGGAAAUGGAAAACACAAAAAAUAAACCACCAUCACCCCUGGUCUAAUAAAAUAGAAAAGGGUGGAAUGAGGAAGACUGUUAAGCAAAACAGACCUGGCUGGCCUGAAAGGGUCAAACAGGGAACAUGCGGCCCCUCCUGAAAGGGAAGGACUGCCAUGUGAAACUGGCAAGCAUAAUUUACAGCUUCUUCGUUCCGUGACCAAGAGCAGAACAUGUUCUGUGAAUAGAACACCUUCUAACCACUGUACUGUUCAUAAUCCACGAAAGAGCUAGUUAAAUAAUGAUGUAUUGCUGUCAGCUGCAUGAAUGUUAUCUGAUUUAAGUAUUGUAUACUCCUGUAGCUAAAAGAUAUAAAAAGCCUGUAACAACAAUAAAGAUUGCUUAUGCGCCA